UCUAAGGUUAUUAAUCCUGUGGCUGUAAGACUCAAACUCCCCAGAACCAUGAGAUGUCAUCCCACGUUUCAUGUCAGCCAUAUCAAACCAGCCAGAGAAAGCAAGUUGGUACCUGUCACCAAAGUUCCCCCUGCUCCUCGGAUUAUUGAUGGUGAACCAGUCUACACAGUUAAGAAGCUGCUGGCUGUGAGGCAUCGGGGUCGUGGACGUCAGUUCCUGGUUGACUGGGAGGGUUUUGGCCCUGAAGAGAGAUCAUGGGAGCCAGCCGGUAACAUUCUGGACAAAUCCCUCAUUCAAGACUUUUAUGAUCAGCAUCCAGACACUCCAGGUCCGUCUGGAGCCGGACUUAGUGGGAGGGGCAGCUUCACUUCCUGAGUUCCUUCCUGCAAUCAGGAUCUGCCACAGCCUAAUGCAAUUCACCUGGUGUAUGUGCUCCUCUUUUGUUUGUUAGAGUAUUUAGUUCCCACCCUUGCAGCUUCCCUUUGCCAGUUCGUCUUAGUCUUUUGAGCUUAGCGUUCCAGCCUUUU